AUGACUGGUCCCCCUGCCUGGUCAAACCGGGCAGCCGUGCGCGCCCAGGAGGAACAACAAGAGGACAUACGAAGACGAAAGGAACGAGAAUGGGAAGAAACUGAGUCGUUUGAGGAGGGGGGUGACCCAGAUGCAGCUUCCUCCGCAUCCGAGGAUGACUGCUACGAUGAUGAAUACUAUGAGAAGUUCCAAAGAGAUCAGUUUUCCCCGUUCGAGUGUGCGGCGUCUUUUCAGCAAGCGAAAGACAGGUUGAUUCAUGCCAUAGGCAAAUGCUUCGCAGCUUAUACUCUAGUGGUCUACAAGCGUCCUUGGCUAGUCAUCACUCUCUCUCUCAUGGUUUCCCUGCUUCUUGCCAUUGGGAUUCCACUUCGCCGAGUAGUGAGGGACGGAGAACGACAGUAUGCCCUGCCCUGGACUCGUGCUCACAAUGAUUCUCUUCUCUAUUCGAACAUGUUUUACGGCAACCUGACGCGGACCGAGAUUAUCUACGUCGUCGCAAACGUUGAAGACACGAAUCUGCUAACACGUGAAUUUCUUGACGCGUUGUGGACGUUCCACCUAGAAAUCUUGGAGCUUUCGGUCUCUGUUAAGCCGGAGGAGGAGCUCAUAGCAAAUACCACUCUCCCACCGCUAAUUUUCGAUCAACUUGUGGGCGGCCUGGGCGUGCGCGAUCCCAACAGACGCCCCCAAGACGACGACUUCUACUGGCCCCGACGGCUGCAAGUCACUGAAAAGGACUUAAACAGCACAAACGGUACUGAUUGGACUAACAGGUCCUUCCUUUCUCCCACAAUCCUGUCGAGCGGCCCGCAAACGUCCUCUCUUUUGCUGGCACCUGAUCUGCUCUCAUCUCCAUCCGCAUCGGUAACGGCAACCGAUCUGGGAAUUUCCAUCAUGGAAAAUAUCUCAAAUGAUUCCUCGGUCGCUGGCUCUUCUGUCAAGAUAAUGCCUCCCAGGCCAAGUCGAGAUUAUUACAAUGCUUAUCAUAUGGCAUCGCGAGGCAGAGAUGAGGCAUUUUUUGAUAACCAAAAGACUGCAAAUGAGACACUCGGGACCCUGCAAAGGGUAGGGAAGGGAGAUAGUCUAGAGUCAGACCAGAUGCCGGUCGUUCUUCGAAAUGAGCAGAUCUCCUCAACGAUUGGAGAAAGUAAAGUGCUUCAUGUUCCGUUUCAUAUGUCUGGGACACCUGGGGCUUCAGGAAGGGCUCUUGCGGCAGACGGAGGUUUCGGAAUGGGUAAUUUCGGAUGUAUUGAGGCAUACGCUCCUGCGAAAGACCGAGUCUCCGGUCUCGCCUGCCGGCCACCUCUACCACCUGGCCAGUAUGGUUUCUCUAAUCUAUGUCUGAAGGACAAGGCAGGAGUCUGCAAUCCACCUGAAGGGGUGCUCUUCAUGUACAACGACCGCAGGGAGUUCGGGCAGCCCCUUGGCUAUCCCCGGCACACAAGUUGGGCGCUCGCAACAGAGACAAUAACAGAGUUAUGGAUCAGCCAGAAAGGAUUACGACUGAAUGGCAAUGGGUUUCAGGUUCGUGGAACGUCUGGCUUCGCGCUCCGAUACACACUCGCUGACAAGCCGCACAUGAGGCCUGUCGCUCGAGCGUGGGAAGCGGCACUGGUUAAGCUGGUUGAAAACUCCCGUUGGCGGUUGCCUGGCGCGUCGAUAUACUGCAAAACAGACCAGAGCUUGGAAGAGGGUCUCUCGUCUAGCACCGGCUUCAAGGGGAGCACGGACAUUUUGUUUGUCUUAGCUGCAGGGAUUCUCAUAUUUGGCUACGUAGGGUUGGUGACCUUCAGCACGAACCAUUUUCGCAGCAAGAUGGUCGUGUCUAUCAUGGGAGCAGCUGCCGCUGCGCUUGGAUAUUGCGCGGGCGCGGGAUUGUGUUACCUUGUGGGUCUCGAACACACGACGACGGCCACCGCGGCGCCUUUCCUUGUAAUGGGUAUUGGCGUAGACGAUGUGUUUGUCAUUAUCAAUUCAUAUUCGCUCACAUUCACAAGAACAGUCGCGAAAGAACGGUUGACAAUCACAAUGCGAGACUCGGGGUUAUCGAUCACGAUAACAACCUUGACGAGUAUAAUUAGCUUUGUGAUUGGAGCGACGUCCCCAUAUCUGGCAAUUCGAAAUUUCUGUUGGAUUACCGCUGCUGGUAUCGUUGGUGGCUAUCUCAUGUGCAUUACAUUUUUCCUCGCAUGUCUCUCCAUCGACGCAUGUUACGAAGAACGUCGUCAGCAAACAAUGGCGCGGUGUUGCCUUCUUCCAGUCCGACGACUACCAGACACUGGGAUUCAAAGGACAAGAGGCGGAAUUUCUCUCGAAAAUGAGCAUGCGCCAAGAGACAUUGAAUUGGGCGAUGGUAGUAAAAGGAGAGUAUCCGUCAAUGGCUGGACAGGCGGCCUUCAGUCUUCAGGAUUCAGGUUCUCAUUACCUUACACCGAGGACGAGAAGUACCUUGCGACUGCCAGGCACUCGUUACUCAAUCAGCACGCUACCACAGUGUACGAGUGUGUAACUCUGCAAGUGGCGAUGGCGAUGACUAAAGGUUGUGGAUUAUCCGCUCGAAAGCACAAAAGAGGAAGUGACGACGAGAGUUUCAAGUGUUCGUCGAGUCCUACGGAACGGCCAGAAAGAGCACCAAAGAGAGCUCCGAAGAAACGAGCUGCCAAGGCAAAAGCUAAACAGAAGGCCGCUGCAGCUACAAAAAGAAAGGUUGAGAGCGAUAGUCUUCAGCACCCAGCCUCUGGAUGCGAGAGAGGAGCUUCAACGGCCGCGGAAUAUGCGCACUCCUCUGCCGUCAUCAAGCCCAAGCCGGGCGCCGCGCGGCGUGGUGGUGCUAAAGCGAAGGCAAAGGCUAUGCAUAAAGGUGUUUUAUGGGCAGCUGCCAAUCCUGGUACAAGUAAGGUAGUAACGACAGCUGCCGCUCAGCUGAGGAAAGAGGAGGAGUCCAAUGAAGCGGCAGGCAAGUCACCGGAGUCGUCGGCAGGCAAACAACCUAAAAAUAAGCUAGGCUCUGAGUUGCAACCGGUGAAGCGUGGGAAAAAGGGCGGCACAUCGGCACCUUUAGAUGUGUCCGCAAGUUCAGAGAAAGGAAGUCACAAUUCUGGAGGACAAAAGAAGCGGGCAUCUUCGGUGCAACGUGAUGAAGCGGCAUCUGCCCACCCCACGACACGUGCGAAAGAUGAAGUUGCUUCGGUAAAAGUUGAGACACAGCAGAUGCCAGAUGAAUCAGUCUCUUUCUCCAACGGUUCUUCUGAUGAAAGCUCUCCCAGCAUUGCAGGCAAACGCGUGAAUCGACGCUAUGGCCAAAGUGGGGUAGCCCGUGCGACAUCAAGAGCGGCGGAUCGUGGGAGGCGGUGCACAGGCUUUCUAAAUAACAAACAGUACACACAAGCCGCACUUACCCGCCAAGGUGGCAUCGUAAAAAAAAAUAACGGCGCAAAGAGUGCUCGAAGAAAUCUAGGACAGGCCAAUAAGGGGAGGACACUCCAGACAAGGAUCCCCCGCCAGAAACUUGGGGCAACGGGACACCGAGAAGGCCGUCCCUCCGUCUGCCGGAGAGGGUCAGCAAACACAUUUCUGGGUUUGCGAGAUCCGAUAGUCAAGGAUCCAGCGACGUUCAAUCGCGACGAAGACGAUGAAAGCCCCGAUCUGUUCGUUCCUGCCGCCUGUGUAGGCGCGCAGGAACAGCCGUUGGGGCUGAAAGAGCAGUUAAAGAAGCUGCUUGACAUUGCUGAGAAGCGGCAGCUCGGUGCUCACCAGACUGAAGAGGAAAAGGCAGAUGCACAGAUUGCCGACGCAUUAGGUCCGGUUCUUCAGGGCAAACCUGCCGCAACUGUUGGUCCAGGUGCAGCUGUUGUCCUGGCGAUCGAAGAGCAGCUGCGCCAGAAUCCGUGCGGUGAUGGGCAUAACGGUGAUGCUCAACAACCGCGGCCGAAGGCAAAAGCCACGUUACGUAGGGUUCGAAUGAACAGGAGAACCAGGCGAAUCGACCACGAGGGUGACGAAGAGAGUGCAGAGCUCAAAGGAGAAAGCGAAGAAGUGAAACCGCCAGACAGAAGCACACCAGAGAACGUCGUAGACGCUUUCCGGUUGGCUUCUCGUGAGGAGGAGCCGGGCAAGCUACGCUCCCCAUGUGAUGCUUCAGAGGAAAACAGUACGGGUAGAAAGCAGUUGACAGAGGAACGUGGGAAAGACAUGGCAGAAACUAGCCACGACCAGCUCUAUGAAGUUGCCGAACUCCCUGUGAAUGCAGGAAAAGGCGCGCGGCCACGUAAGAGACACCGCCGCGUGGAUCUUCUAAAGAUUCUUACUGUCGAAGACCUUGCCGAACCGCCAGGGAACGUUGGCAGAAGGCUGCGGUUGAUCGUUCUCCGGACUGUCGGCCGAAUGCUGCUGAGCCCGUGGAUAAAAGUAUUCUUGCUCGGGGGAUUCGCCACUUUGUUUGCCGUAGCAGUCGUAGGCUGUGCUAGGCUCAGGAAAGGGCUUGAUCCCAGGCAUUUAUCACCAGAUCGCUCCCCGCUCCGAGUUAGUUUUCCACGACAGUUACCAGUGCACUUUGAAUCGAUGAGGUGGUUCUUUAUAUGCAUUCACAUACAGGCAGGCAGUGGUUAA